AUGAACAAUCAAAGCGAAUGUAGGAAAUAAAUUGUUAAGCGUAAAAGGUAAAGUGAUCAAAAUAAUGGUUAAAUAAUGGAAUCUGACAUCAUCUUGAGAUCCAAAUGGACUCCAGAGGAAGAUAAAAAAUUAAUAGCUAAUGUGUCACUUUUUGGGCAUCGAUGGCUUCGAGUGGCAUAGAAAAUGGAAUAAAGGAAUACUUCCCAAUGUUGCCAAAGGUGGAAAAGGCUUAAAUAGAGAUAAGGAGUCCAGCAAAAUAAGGCCAAACGAUGGACUUAAAUAGAGGAUUAAACAUUAUUAAGAAUCUUUCGAUAGCUUGGUCCAUGUUGGAAUGCCAUAGCUAAGCAAAUGAAAAACAAAACAGGCAAAUAAGUCAGAAGGAGGUACAAAAAUUUUCUUGAUCCAAAUCUUAAUCAUGGACCUAUGACAGAAUUAGAAGAUGAAAUGAUUUACAAAGAAUAUCUAAAGCAUGGAUCCUAAUGGAGUUAAAUAUCAGAAAAAAUGCCAGGAAGAUCGGUAUGAUAUUGUAAUUAUAAUGAUAGGAAAAUAUGAUCAAAAAUCGCUUCUACUCUUUUAUUAAGUAGAAAUACUUAAAUUAACCUAAUUUGUACUUUAAAAUAAAACCUUUAGAUGAAAAUCAAAAGGAAGAAUUUUCUAGUGUUGUUGAGCAGUCUGAAAAUAGUUAACACUAACAUUAAUAACAAGAAUAAUAUGAAGUAGAUAUGUACAGUGAUUCGAAUGAAAUAAUAGAUAAUAAUUAAUCAAGUUAUUAUUGGAGUAUUGAAACAAGAUGUUUGUUACUGAAAAAAUUCUGA